UCACUGUGCGACGGAGACACCCUCGCUUAUGGCACGCUCCCGUUAGGCGAUACGUAGAGGUCAUUAUAAAUUAUAGCAGGUGCAAACUUUGAAAAAGCGAUUAAAACACUAAAUAUAAGGAAAGAUGGUGUUCCUGACUAUAGCCUGCUGGAUUCGUAGCCGUGGUCCAGAUCGCUGGUGGAGGGUACAAGAAGUGCUGAAGCAUGCACGGCACUUUCGAGGUAGGAAGAACCGUUGUUUCACACUGGCCGUGAGGGCUGUACGGAGGGCAUUCGUUUAUGCAACCAAGGCCCGCCCGAAAAAACGGCGUCUUAUGAGAAGGCUGUGGAUUUCCCGUAUUGCUGCUGGUACCCGGGAACAUGGGAUGAAAUAUCCAGUUCUGAUUAGCAAUCUGGUAAAGACCAACGUUCAGGUGAACAGGCGGAUGCUGUGUGAUCUGGCUGUAACCGAGCCACGGACAUUCCAGUCGCUUGUGGCUCUGGCUAAGGCGCGCCGGGAGGAGGGAUUCCGUGCCGCGCUCGGCGAUGGCAAAGAGCCCCCGGGCAUCUUCUCCCGCAUUGUUCAUUCACACUGA